UGCCGCUGGGAGAGUCGUGUGCGUCGCACCCCGUCGACUCCAGCAACCCCCUUUUCGCGUGACUCUGUCACGUUCCUUCCUGACUCGCAAACAGUCACAUUCGACGCGAACACGCUACGAUUCUGAUCUCGUUCUAAUGCAAAUGUCCUUCGACAAUUGAACCACGACAUCACGGACGCUUCAUCGUCGGUUCCCUCCAUCAUGUUAAGAAAAACACGAAUGGAGAGCGUGUUGCGCGAAUCAACGACCCUGAUAUCUCGACUGUGCCACGACUAACUGUCAUACGUUAGCUUGGACAGGCAAACGCUAGAUCACUGGUGUAGAUUCCGUGCAAUCGAACCAGAGCGUUGGAUAGCUUUCACCAGGUGUAAGGUAACUUUAAUUUUGGGGGAUAGGAUCCUCAAGUGUCGUUGAUAAAUAUUCUGUGAUGGUUAGAAUUGGGUGAUCGAACAGAAGUGUGCGUUACGACUAUUGUGUACCAGUUGACCAGAAUACAGUGGUCUUUGAUUCGAAGUGAUUUAGCUCGGACAUCAUCCGAGUAUCACGGUUAAGUGUUGUGUAUCUAUUGGAAUACGGCGACCUUUGAUCUGAGGUGACGGGACCUAAUUGCCAGGACUAACUAUCGGGUAUCAGUUGGAAUACAGUGACCCUUGAUUUGGGGCAACUGAACCCAAGUGUCGGGGCUAACUAUUGUCUACCACUUGUACCGCGGCGAUCAUUGAUUCCGUAUAACGGAGUCUAAGUGUCAUUUAAUCUACAUCAUUUGAAAUACAGCGAUUUUUUAUUUUGGGUGGACCUAAGUGUCAGGGUUAACUAUCGUGUACCAGUUGGAAUACAGUGAUUUUAGAUUUCGGGAAACUGCAGCCGAGUGUCACGAUCACCUAUUGUGUCACAGCUGGAAGCCUCCCCGUCCCUGGAAUAGAGCGGUUCUAUUCCUAGCAUUCGAACCGAAGUGUUCAGUGUGAGUUUCGUCUAUUUCUAUGGACGACUAAGUAACCAACAUAAAGGUGAUCGAAAGAGUGCUAAUAUUCCGCAACCCCAGUGCUUCGAACGAUCCCGAGUUUCUAAGACCUUCGAACCACCUUUGGAGCGGAUCAGAGGUUCACUGUACUCUCGAGAUUCUGGCCAAUGCUCGAGGUCGAGUUUUCGUGAAAGUGCGUCGGCUAUGAAUUGGUGCAAAGUGCAGGCUGCCGCGAAUUUAGUGGAGACGUCCGGCUGGAAAAGAGUGCUUUUAUCGGGCGUCGAAGCAUGAGGGACGUGGCAUCCUCAACGUAAUGAUGCAGAGAGCGGUGCUACUGCUCUGUUGGCUGCCGCUCCUCAACCACUGCCACGCCGUACAUCCAGGUUGCUCCUGCGUUGUCUACAGCAGCUCGGACAAACCUCAAGGUGGCACAUUUACAUCCCCUUAUUAUCCCAAGCGAUAUCCGCCGAAUAUCGAUUGCCUGCUUUACACGUUCAUCGGUCAACCUGACGAAAUCGUCGAGCUAACGUUUCAUCACUUCAAUAUCCGUCAUGUCCGACCCAAUUGCGUGGGAGGCGAUUUUCUAAAAGUGUUUCUACAUUUGGAGACCACCGGUGUUUCCGAGUACACCCCUUGGUCUGGGGUGCUUUGCGGAGAACUGCACGACAUUCCACAGAUCCUGUACAGUUCGAGGUCUACGCUUAUUUUGGAGCUCCACACUCAGUCACCUCCGUCGAAUUCGACUGGCUUUUUUGGGAAUUUUCGCUUCAUCGACAGACGGCUGUUCGAGACGGACGGUGUGCUGAUUCCUGGCACGAUGUGCGACCUCGAGUUUGUCAGUUCACAGUCAACACCGCAGUACGGACGAUUCUACUCGCCACGGUACCCGUCCUCCUACCCAAAGAACAUCCGGUGCUCGUACCUCUUCCGGGCAAGAUUAAAGGAGAGGAUUCGCUUAGUCUUCGAGGAGAUCUCUCUACAAAAAGGAGACUUAAGUUGCCUAAAUAGGGCGGACUUGAUCAGAGUGCACGACGGAACGGAUUCCGGGGCGCCCACAAUAGCUGUACUCUGCAACCAAGGAGCGGAAGUGGAGGUACUCAGCACAGGGCCAGACCUCUACGUCGAGUUCGUUGCUAAUUCCGAGUGGCCUGGCCAAGGGUUCAAGGCGAUGUUCCAGUUCCAGCCGUUGGACGACGCACCGCAUCCUGAGCUGGACAAGGUCAUCCCAGGGGCCGUUACCGGUAACCCCAAGUACUCGGUCAUUGGACCAGCUGUCAGCGCUACGACGUCACUGUGCGACAUGGUUUUCAAUAGUGACUCGACGAAAACAGGAGUGGUCACGUCGCCAGGAUAUCCGAAUCCUUAUCCAUCUAGGACGCACUGUACAUACGACUUCCAGGGACGAGGCAACGAACGGGUCCAAGUGAUAUUUCAGGAUUUGAAUUUGUAUCAUGCAUCGAACGGGGCGAACGAAUGCAAAGGCGUGGACUCAUUAAUGGCGUACGUGUAUAUAGACGGCAAAAAGGAGAAAAUUGACUCGUUUUGCGGCGAAAUGCCAUUACGACCUAUCAUGAGCAGUGGGCUGCGACUUUCGUUGGAAUUUCACGGUGUCACGUCGUCGCGUCACUCUCGAGGUUUCAAAGCGGUGUAUUCCUUCACAGAAAACUACGGCAUAACUACGGGGAGGCAGGAGACGCAAUAUCCCUGUGCCUUUGUUUACAACAGCAACGACACACGGAACGGAACGUUCACGUCGCCAAACUAUCCUGGAUUGUAUCCCCGGAACACGGAAUGCUACUACUUCUUCAACGGCCAGCUCACCGAACGAGUCCAUCUCCAUUUUCACUUCUUCGACAUCGAGGGAGUACCGCCAUGCGAUCCCGUGUCCGCCAGCGACUUCGUCGAGUUUUCGAAUUACAUGUCUACGGACCGGAAGUACCCGAGGAAUUGUGGUCAGCUGAAGGAAUUCGAUGUCGCCAGUGACAGAAAGUUCUUUCGCGUGACUUUUAAGAGCAACGACAGAUACGACGGGACGGGAUUUAACGCCAGCUACGUGUUUGUGGACGAGGAAGGAAAUUACACAACAAAGCCACCGACGAGUAAUGCGUCAACGUUAAAAGGUGGAACGCUGCUGGUGCUGCUACUGCUCAUAAGUCGCCUACUCUUUGGACGAGUUUCGCUUUAAUCACGAUCGGUAACUACUUGGACGAGUCUUGGCUCAAUUUACAACGAACUAUAACUUCGAGGACAGGAGCCAUCCAAAAUCCUCUAUUAGUCGGCGCACAGAUGAGAGUGGCUACAUUGUUUGCGCCAUUGAUAUUGCCAAAGGAAUAGGAAAGCCGAUCUCCCUGGAGACACACGGGACAUCGUAAUUUACUUAUUAGAUCUAUCACCACGCUGAACCCGAUGACGAUCAUUCUCCAUCAUUCUACGACCACCACGGAGAAAACGUACUCACUGGCAAUAAAGUAUUCGAACUUACCAAGGGGAAACUCUCGACGAGAAAAUUCGAAAGCUUACGAAGAAAGCCACAAGACUCCUGGACGAGAAACUAUUCCUUUCGUUAUUCAAACUUGCUUCGAGGAUACGAAAUUCUCCUCUGAAAUUUGGAUUUAGUCUGAUAAUAUUGCGACAAUGUUAUAAAUGUUGCGAUUUUGUUAUAAAUAUUUAGUGGUUGCUUCCUUGGUACGAUAUUUAGAAAGAGAUUAAAAUUUACAUCUAUCGAGGCGAUUCUCUAAUUUGAAAAUGACAUCCUCGAUGAAAUUAGAAAUUCUCUUCCUAAUUGAAUGAAACAAUCUCGCUCACGCUCGCAACCUUUAUGUUUUCGGCUCGAGGGAUUCCCCGUUAGGCGUACUUAAUUUAAUGAACACGUACGAAGAGAGGAUAUUAGAGGAGUUGUACGAGUAAUGGGAUAUAUCUAUGAUCCGUUGUAGCGCGACGUAUUAAAGAGUGCUGAAUUGUUAACGUUUUCCUCCUCGUACGUAAACGAAUUUAUUAAAUCGCUAUGAACUAUCUGUCCGACGAAUUACUCGAAAGUCAUACGUAAACAGUGAACAAAGAGACACGAAAGAAAUUCGCCUUCCUAAAUACACGACACACUACGGACAUAUUUAUUAUUACAUCCUCUAUACGACUGUGAUGUUUCCAUUCCUUCUUAGUUUUACUAGGAAACGUAUACAAGUCUGAUUAUACGCGAAAAAAAUGUAGAUAUUCGUGAAACCAUGAGUAGCCUGGCCGAACAGUUACGAAUAACCGUUCAAAACGGGCCAGAUGAAAUUAAGAGGAUUUACGAUUAACGGUUUACGAUCGAGAUACGAUUAAUCGUCGAAAAGGGCAGAGAAACACGAACCGAUCGCGAUAACUUGAUUGGACGGAUUUGAUAAAAUAUGUGUGUAUUCGAUGACUGGAAUGGGUAUUAUUAAGGACGAUCAUCGCAUCGGAGAGAUAUGCUCGACGUUGAAGUUUUGAAGAAUGAGCAAUAACGAAACGAUCGAUCGUGAUGAAUACAGUUAUAACGAAUAUCGAAGUACAGUUUGAAAUAAUUUUCUGAAUCCGUGCAAAGGAUUUAUAAGAAUUAAUUUUUUUAAUUGAGUAAUUAUGAAUGAGAUAAUUUUAACAUUGAGAUGAGUAUUCGUGUUGCUUGAGCUUUUCAUUCAAAAUGAUUCAUACAUUCCAGAAAAUAAUAUUUACUUAUUUUUAUUGCACAAAAGUCUAAAACGGUCA